AUGGUGGCGGUGUCCCAUCCCGGAGCACCCCGCUCCCUCCUUUGGGAAGGACUGCCCCCCCUUCCCAGCCAGGCCCGGCGCCCUUGGCUGUGUCCCGCUGACUUGUCAAUCCCAAAAAUAGCCGGGACAGCCAGGCCUGUGCUGGGGGGGCAUGGAACUGGGCUCUGGGGCCUCCAGCCUCCCCUCCUGCCUGGGGAACCCCAAAACCAGCAAGUGGACCCCAAAACCAGCAGGGUUUUCCCCUCCCAGCACCCCCACAUCUCUCUUUCCCCACAGAUCCCGGGUUCCAGGAUGGGGAGUGCCGUGGGGCACCGGGCCCUGCUGGCCCUGCUGCUGUGGAUCCCAUUCCUCAUGGGAUCAGUGGGGGAUGGAGCCAAGGAUGGCCAGGAGGGAUUCCGGGGACACGUCACCACCUCCGAUGACCUGCUGCUCCGGCUGGGAAGAUCCACUUGGGACACCCUGGAGAGCUGGGUGGGACGCCAGCCCCUGCAGAUGGUGGCGGAGAGCCUCUCCACCGCCCUCUGGAUCCUUUCCUCUGGGAUCUCAGCAGCCCUGACCACACUCUGUGGGAUCCUGGGGGAUCUCCUGGCCACUUCCAGCAUCAAUGGCCACCGGCUGGUCCGAGCGGCAGCGCUAUCUCCCGGAGAAGUCCAGAGGGUGCUGCUGUGGGCAAUGGUCGCCCUGGUGGGAUACUGGAUGCUAGCCCGGCUUCGAGGGCUGCUGCUCCCACUGCUCCGGGGGCUGAAGCUUUUCUUUUUCCUCGGCGCCUUCCUGCAUGUGGCCGCUUCCCAGGAGAGCCCCACGGUGCAGGCGGGAAUGCUGGUGGGCCUGUGGGUGCUCUACACCUUCCUGGGCAGCCUGGUGGCAGCCCCGGAUCCCAGCACCCGGCUGGAUGCGGCCGUCAAGAGCCUGGAGUGGAAGGUGGAGGAGCUGCGGCGGCGCCAGAAGUUCGGGGGGCCCCGGAACCGGGAGGAUUGAGGCCCCCUAAAGCUUGCUCAGAGCUUGGCUCCGUCAUCCUAAGCAUCCCAAGCGUGUGUCCCCCCGCUCCACUGAGCCCCCCGCACCCCCUCCUCUGCUUUCCGGUUCUCCCAGGGGUCCUGGGAGCGCCCCAUCCAUCUGGGAGGGGCCCAAAAAUCAGGGGCUGUGCCUUGCCACAUGUGCCACAAGUGCCUUCACCCCAAAAGCCAGCCAGCCACGCACCCCAAAUGUGGGAGAGGAGCUCCCACAUUCCCUGCUCGCCAGGGAUGUUGUCCCAGCCGGCUUGGGGUGCAGAGGGGAUCCCAUUCCCCAUCCCGGGGGCUCUGCUUGUUUUGGGGUCCCCCCACUGUCAGGUUUUGGGUUUUCAAGCUGCUUUUUAAACGGUUUUGAUAAUGUGGUUUGGAAUAAAGAGGGAUUUAUCCGGC